AUGUUCUGGUUACUUCCGGAUGCAAGAGAUUGGCUGCCGGCUCUGGUUGAGAGAGCUGGGUCGGAGCCGGGGUUUCUAGAUCACCAUCUUAAUGGUUGUUGCAGGCGUGUUAGGGUUGGGAAAUUCUUGAUCCCACAGUUUAAGAUGUCUUCCGGGUUUGAAGCUUCGAGUGCUACGAAGAAAUUAGGGCUGGGUUGUGAUUUAAUGGCCAUAGUUCAUGAGGCUGUAAUAGAGGUCGAUGAAAAUGGCACAAAAGCUGCAGCUGCUACUUGUGCUCGUAGUUAUUUUGGCGAUGGUGAGGUCUCUAAGCCUGAUGAGGAAGAAGACUUUGUGGCUGAUCACACCUUCAUGUUUCUCAUAAGGGAAGACCUGACCGGAACGGUCAUGUUCAUGGGGCAGGUGCUCAAUCCUCUUGCAGGCUGA